AUGGCGGUAGUUUUUGGCCACCUAGCUUUUACUAAACGUGGUCGUCAUAUUAUUGAUUGUAAUGGUUAUGGAUUACGGGUUCCCUAUAAUAUUGAUGCUAGUGACAAUAUCCACAGUAGUGAUGCAUUGUUUAUUUUGUUGGUUGAGAAGAGUUUUAAUUAUUCAAGUUUGACUCUCGAAGGAUUUUGUGAUCGAUUUCCUUGUAUACUCGUUUAUGUGGAUAGACCAGAUGUAGUUGCCCAGUUGUUUUUCAGGAAGAUCCACAAGGAUCUCAAUUUGCCCCUUUUUGCUUUGGUGGAUAGUGAUCCCCAAGGGUUUAAGUUAUUAAAGUUUUUUUCAACAUAUGGAUGUGGUGGAUUGACUAAUAAUUUGACUCCACUCGAUAUCAAGUGGUCGGGGAUGAGGCCCAGUGAUUUGGAUAAGCAUGGGCUACCAAAGCUGUGUAGGUUGCCUUUGCCUAAACGAGAUACCAAGAUUCUUCACAAGCUGCUCAAGAAUGAUUUUGCGAAGAAGAAUCCGGAGUGGGCUAACGAGUUGACUUUGAUGUUGAAGACUAAGAAAAAGGUUGAGGUUGGGGCGUUGUCUGCGUUGGAGGAUAUUUCCUAUCUGACUACAACUUAUUUGCCAUUCAAGUUGCAAGAGCAGGACUGGCUAUGA